AUGCCAGUGAAAACUGAGCCGGCAGAGCAGGCCCCGCUGGAUGGUGUGGAUCCAGCCGAGGUCAAGAAGAUGCAGAGCAAUUUGUCAACCCAGGGGAAAGCGAACUUGAAAAAACUCAAGGAGUACAAGGAGGGCAAACUCUCCUUAUCACCGAAAGAGCUUGAGACCUUGGAAUCCAAGAUCGCUCAGCAUGAAAACAUGGAUGUGGACGACAAGCUGCUGCUUGCGAUUUUGAACGAGACCCCCUUCGACUACGACUGGGACGAGUCCUCAGCGAGGGAGAGGGCAUUGAAAAAACAGAAAGAGAAGCGAUAUCACUAUGGCAAGAGGAAGCAUGCCGAGACAGACUCCGUGACUUUGGAGACGGACGCCAUGCAUGCCGGUUUCGACUGCAAUGACAAAGAGAAGCAGAACAUGCUCCUCAACGAGGCCUCGGGAUCCGGAGGGAACCCCACCGUCACAGUCGUGAACCCCGAGCUGGUGGAGUUCAAGGGUCAGCUCGGCAAUUUGCAAUCUGGCAAGAUCAAGCUGGAAAAAAUCGAGACGCAGCUGAAGGACUUGUCCGCCAGGGGAGCACAUGCCGGUGUUACCGGGACCACGGCCACGGAGAUGGACAACGCACUCAAAGAGCUGGACACUUGGCUCAAGGAUGCUCGCCUCGCUUUGGCCACCCUUGACUCGAUCCAGGCCCCGAGUGCUGACAAUAAGGCCCAGGUCGCUGAGAUGAUUGCUGAAGCAGUCGUCCACCAGGAUGCUGCUGGCAAGAUUCUAAAGAAGGCUAAGGCCAUUCUGUCCUGA